AUGGUGGCUGGCAUUCCUCUCACCAAUCUCAAGCAGUGUCUCCAGUUCCUGCUGUGGUUAAAGGGUCACAGUGGUAUGCAAAACCAGGUGAUUAGUGAACUGGUUAAGCGUUAUGGAGAAUCUUAUAAUCAUAUUUCGUUUACGGGCCAACUGCCACCUGCUGUCUCCGAAUUCCUCUGGAACGUGUCCACGUUCUAUACGAGAUUAUGCAAAAUCCCAACGGCGGGAAGUUAUGUCAAUCCAAAAGCAAAAGAUGUCACCGAUGCGCUCCUCGAGUGCGUUCCCAAGUUCCUCGCCGCUUUGUAUUUUUUGCUCUACAAUGUGGAUAGAUGGUUCGAAGCAGUGGGAGGAGGGAAGUGGAGAGAUGAUAACCCUGGGUGGGAGACUACUUGGGUGAGAUAUGUGUGGCAUAGAGAGUGGGGAGGGAGACUGCAGAAUUAUCUCAGGGCGAGACAGAGCGUUAAAUACGGUGACCUCAUACCUGGUGGAUUCGGCCCAGAAGAGGUGACGUAUGGUUAUGACUAUGAUCCUCUCUAUGGUUAUUGGUACGGUGAGAGCAUGGUAAAUGACCUACAGAAGAUUUUGUACAAACAUAAUCAUAAAUACAACGAUUUCCGGGACGUAUUUUUUACAACAGUCAUUUCUAAAUCCGGCACCCAAAUUUCUAACACUGCGAACGUUCUUGCAUUGGUGAGAACGUUUUGCCAGAUUGUGGAUGCUGAGGCAAAGAACGAUCAGGGUAAAAGGUUGAAAGCAGUUUUGGAAAGGGAGUUAAAAGACAAAUGUAUUAAUUGGCCUAAUUUAGUAGCCCAUUGCUCCAAACUUCAAGACCAACUUGGCAAGUUGUUCAAGAUCGAUGGCUUUUCCUACACCGGCCAGGCGCGGACUGUUUACGAGCUUAACACUGAGAAAUUUGCGGGGGAGACAGCGAAAUGGUUUAGAAAUAAUUUGCACGAAGUUCAAAAGAAUGUACAACGAAUAGAUACAAAUUUCCCAGUCGACAACACUCUAUAUUUGACUGCUCUUCAGCCAUUUGCAACCAAAAACAUAUUCCCCUACGGUUUUAUAUUUGGUAAAGGACAAUAUGGAACGCUGGGAGACGCGUGGAAGAAGUUGUCAGAUCAUUGGCCCAGUGUCAUAGGUAUGCUGGGCAAAAAUGGUGAUGGUUUGGACAUGUUGAAAACGCUUUUGGAUGAUGAGCGGUGCCAUCAUACGGCUCCUCCAAAACCACGACCAAGGCCGGCGCCCAGGCCCCCGAGGCCUGCCAGACCCGCGCCACCACACCAGCCUUCCAGGACUUCGACCGUGAGGCAAUCCGGUACAAGGAGUGUUGGAGGUUGGUUGUCUAGUGGGAAUUAUGGUUCUGGUGCUAGAGGAGUGGGAGGGAAUAACUAUAGAGGCGGGUUCAACGGUAGCAGAGGGGUACGGUGGGCUACAAGACGCAGAGUACAAGGCCAAGGGCCUCGAGGCGGUGUACAUGCCAAGGGCGCACAGAGAAGCAGUAUUUCAGGGCAUACGGUGUCUACUGAGCCCCAACUCCUGCAAUCUCAAAGUAAUCCCCAGCCUCAUCCUCAACAACCCCCUGGCCCCAGUGCUCCUGGAGACCCUGCCAUCCCUAUUCAGCCAGGGGGCCCGGGUCCAAUUUCAACAGACAGUGUUACUCCAGGUACACGGACUACUUCAUCUCCACAAGAUGUUCUUACUCAGACUCCGAGUGUCUCAGGUUCAAACACUGGGUCAGAUGGUGAUCAGCAUGAUGGUGGAGGUGGAGGGAAACAAUUGUCUCCAGAAGAAGAAAAACGAUUGAAAUAUUACGAGGAAAUAUUGGAAGCUAAAAGAGAUGUCUUUCAUAAACAAGAUGAAGAGAGAAAGAAAGUCGCAGCGGAGUUAGGUAAAAGAUUAAACGAAGAAGACCCGCAGAAAAAGAAAGAAGCUGACGCGGAACGUAAAUAUCGGAAAGAUUUGGAGGUCAGAGAACAACUAUUCCUACAGCAUUAUCAUCCAAAAAAUACGAUUAGGCAUCAAAAUGCUGUUGUCCCUUCUCAGAGUGCAAACCAGGAUCCGUAUGCACUUGUGGGCCUUGAAGGAUCUACGCUGGAUGCUGAUGUGAUCUUCGCGGACGGUGAAGCCGUGCAGGACACGUUUUUCGAAUAUAACGAAAAAGAAUGGCAAAAAAAACUUCUAGAUGAACAAGAACAAAACGCUAUAAUGAAUCACUUGAGGGAUGAAACUAAUAAAAAACGCAGCGAAGACGCAGACAAAUUAAAUCAGUCUCAGCAGGAAUUAAUGGAAGCCGCGAAAAGAGAGGCGGAAGAUCGCAAAUUAUUUGAUGCCGUUAAAAGGAUCCCUCAACCUGCUCCACUCAAGGCAAACUUCUAUGACAUUCCUUUGGCGUACCCUAUAAAGCCGCCGAACUUGCCAAGGAAAUCUCUUCCGCCGCCUCCGCCGCUGAUAGAACUCAAAGGACGCACUGUGUCCGACCACAAAUUGCCACCAUUACCGUCAGCCUCUCCACUCAAGGGUGAGCCGGUGGCCCCCCCGCCGCAGCCUACCAUUGAUUUCGAAAUUGACAAGCCAUAUGCACCUGAGCAGAUUGCGAAAAUGGAGUCGCGUAGGACAGCGUAUCUGCCAAAUGAAAUUAUCGCUCCCGCACCGUUACCCUCAUACAAGGUUGACUUCGAUAUAGCACCAAAAGUCAAGGUAUACAAUAACUCAAAAUACAUGUCCACCACCAACCUAAAACCGCAACCACCUUCCAAGCCAGACUUAGACGUCUACGUCCCCAAUCAUAUACUCCAAGACCACGUGGACGACUUGGACUUUGAUCACGACCCUCCACCUCCUCCAACCGCCGAGCCACUUGAGCCCAUCGGCCCAUCCACCACCGCCAUUGCUCUCAACUUCCCGCCAAUCGAGGCUUUGCCAAAACUCCCGGACAGCGUCCCAUCCAAAUAUAUUCACAGUCCUGAUGCCGUUCAAAUGUGCGUCGCUCCUUGGAUAAAUCAGCAACCGACUGACAACUUUGCCGAUAUCCCCGAGACGGAGCUGUUCCCUUCCGAGACGCCAAACACCGUCCGGGAUAUGCUUAUUUGGAUCGCCGGGCUGCAGCACAAGAAGCAUCAAGAUACUCUGGAACAGUGCAUCAACAACGCUUUCAAGCGCGGCGAUGAUGACUCUGCCAGCCUCACACUCCCAGCCAACGAUUACAACAUCACUACCACACAGGUACAUGACACCUUAAAACUUGUCUCCAUGUUUUCAAGUUCCGUGCUAUCCACCAUUGCACCUAAUUGGAGACUGGCAGUGUCGUCUGUAACUGCAAAGCCUAAGGGAUCCGACCAAUCUAAGGAGCCUGAUUGCUGUGCCCUCCUCUGUCAGCUGCGGGACUACGUCUACGCCUGCCACCACCAGUUGGAGUUCCUGAAGUCGCAGUGUUCUCGGAACUCCACGCGAGGUGGUUGGCAGGAUUGUCCGGAUGGCCGUGAUGUAUCAUCUCCCAAGUCCCCCCUCCAAGCCUUCCUGACUGACGCGUCCCCCUUCAAGACUCACCCCUUCGACCCGUGCAACAUUUGCCGCAAGAGCCGUGUCAAGAUGGGAUUCACAAAGGAGGAUUUGCCUAGAACUCAGCAAACAGGAAAGGACAUUUUCACCAUCCUCUCUCCCGUCUGCGGCGGCGAAGACCCUUUGAUGACCUUGACCUCUUACCUCAACUGUAUCACCAGGCGGACGCCGCGCACCACAGGGGAGCUUGUGUCUUUCUUCCACCAUUUCGGGAAUGAGCUUCAUGACGUGUAUUCAGACUUGUCCAAGCUGGGCUCCGCCCUCUCCAAUAGACAUGACGACUGCCCCGACUGGGACCGUCUAGAGGCCGCCGACCUCCGAGUCAUCAAGGGCGCACGGGGCUCCGCCACUCCCAACUCCAUCCACGACCACAUAAAGGACCAUCCCAACACCCUGUCCACGCUGAUUGGCUGCGGCAUCGUCAAUGUACAGUGCCCACAGCAUAUGAAGCCCAUCACCUACCGGGCCUACUCCCUGUACUCUCCGAGCUUCGCCCACAACUACCUCAGCUGGGUGGUGCAUCUCGCAGACAGACUGUGGGACUCACUGCUCAGGCUGCGGUGUGAUCUCGACAACCUUCAAUGUCACGACUCCAAGCCCCUACACCAGUGUCUCAAGGUCCUGCCCCUCCUCUACUCUCACGGGUUCACGCCACCAGACGGGACACUGCAUUCCUCACUCACGUGUUCCAAGGUCAUCGCCAAGCUGGAGCAGGUGGUCAACGGCAAGCCUAUCGCAGGCCUAAUGACCGCCAUGGACACAUUCCUCUACAAUAUCAGGAUGCCCUUCCUCUUCUGCCUCGUUGCACUCUGGCUCAUCGCCGCGCUCUACAUCCUCAUCGUCAUGCUCUACCGCAUGGACGUGCUGCGCAUCCGCUCCCACCUGCUCAACACCAGGGCCUCCCACCUCAUCGACGUCAAGGCCUUACUCACUAAAGGCCGGAGAAUGCUCUCACUGUACCACGGCGUCGACUACUUCGACGACGAACCUGUUGAACGCUUCGACGUCAAGUAA